AUGCUCACCGGUUCUAGCCAACAUCUUUCCAUCCACUUCCCCAGCCCGACAACAGUCAGCUUCACCGUUUCUACCAGACAACCGUAUCCGCAAGCCUGGUCGACAACAAGAACCUCUUCCUAUUCAUACUUCCCCAAUGUCCCUAUUUUCACCCUCAUCAAGCACGCGUUGCGAAUCCUUCUCACCUUGUGCAUUGUCCUCAUUAACCUGACGAAAGUCCAGACAGACGGCCCGCCCUCAAGAAUUGACGCGUAUGCGGAUUUCGGGCUACAGCUCAGUUUGCUCGGCGGGACCAUCAGAGUAAUUGCCGAACGGACAGAAUGGUGGAUCCUGGCACCGAUGAGCUUAGGGAUUGUCUGGGCGUGCUUGAGGAGGGACUAUGUCGGUAUGGGUGCCGUCUCGUUUUGUCUGUGGUUCUCUCAUCCUUUGGUUUUGCCCGAGGCUCUUGCAUCCAAAUUAUAA